AUGACGACCAUUGUUGCCGCUCCUGCUGCUCACGCUGUUCCCCGAGACCAAGGUCUUUCCAGCCUUGCCCAUCUCGCUGCCUCUGCUCCACCAAUGGCGACCAGAACCACUCCUCCAGGUACUAACGCGCCUGCUUCAACCGAGCACUCUCCCAGAUCUGCUCCUAGGCACAGUGUUGAGGACAACGUCUCUCCCAAAAGUGCUCGCGCUGCUGGAUUGCGAUCCGUUACAAAGAUCAAGAAGGAGCCACCAACGUCGCCCAACCCCUCAGCAAAACCUCGACCGAGACGACUCGACCUGUCGGUUCACGGAGCGACUGGUCGUGGCCCCCAGACUGCCCGGCCGGCACCUUUGACAGCCAGAGACUCGGCAGGGCUCGCUAUUCACGACCUCGGAGUUGCAUGCCUGUCGCCAGGCUUCCAGACCCAAGACCCAACCAUGCGCUCGCAGCUCCAACGCAGUCUAGACGUGAGGGAGCAACAACGCCAGAUUAUAGAAGCGCGCCAGAAGGGCGUGAAGCCUCCAGUUGAUGCUACUGGCGCGGGCCCUGGUGCCGAAUCAGCACAAUUUGGCGUGCCUCAAAGGACACCCUCAACAUCGCGUAGAAAGGGUCCUCCACCCGGCUUGUCAAUUACCGCUCCCUCGGCUGCCACCUUUUCAAACGAGCGUGUCAUCCAGUCCGCUCCAUUGCACCAUUCUUUCACAGGCUUGCGCCCACAUGCUCACCAGCCUAGUGGUCUUAGCCAGACGAGCCAUAUUCACCAUGUUCCUGCCACACAGACAGCCAACCGUCUCCCUCCAAUCUCGGACGUUUUCGCUCACGAUAGCCUUCAAGCUCCUCCUUCAGCUCGCCCGCCAACCGCCAUGUUCGCGACUGGUCACUCCCCCAGCAUCGGUCCUCCCCCUCUUCAGAGUCCGGGUAUGAUGCAGCAGCAACAGCAGCAUCAGCAGCAACAACAACAGCAGCCGCACCGGGAGCAACACCAGCACAGCCAGGGACCGCUCACAGGACGCGGUAGAGAGUUCAAGAGCGCAGAAGAAGCCGUACAAGAAAUGUCUCGUGGGCGUGAAGAUCUGCUGCCUAAAAUCGUCCACUAUGGUGGCGCACAACCUCCCACGCCUCCGUCGCCCAUGCCUUCGAGUCAGCAAGCUCAACAUCCCGGUCACCCGCAACCGUAUCCUCCACCCCAACAGCGCCAAUCGCCUCACGCCUCGGGAGCCGCAAGGGUAGACGCCCUUAGGUCAGAGCACAGCCAAUCUCAGAUGGCUGGCAGAAGACGCCCUCGCGACGAAUAUGAGCGCGAACACGGCAGUCCGCUGGGACAACAAGAAGCCAAACGAGCCACAUAUCAUCCUGAUGCCAGCGCCGAUUGGCGUUCGGGCAUGAGCAAUCAAGAAAAGAGAGAUGAAUUCCUACGCUUGUGCUCGCGCGCGUGGGACCUGUUCCAUUCAUGA